AUGUCUGCAACUCAUACAUCCCCAUCGCCACCAGGGGCACAAGCUGAGGUGACUGCAAGCUGGGAGCGUCUGCGCAAGUCCUGUGAUUCAUGCCAGGAAGCCAAAGUCAAGUGCAGCCAGCACAAGCCCUCAUGCCAUCGCUGCCUCCGUCAUCGCCAACCAUGCGUCUACAGCCCGCAACGUCGCACCGGACGACCGCGAAAGAAGCCGACCUUGGUCGGGAUGGCAUUUUCCCCCGUUAAUUCUGGGAACGACACAAACAGCACAAUAAUCAGAGAGCCCACUAGCUCAACUCUCAAUGGACAGGACCUCGUCAUGGCCGAUGUCCGCGAUGAUGAGCCACGCUUGCUGGCCGGUGACGUUACUGCGAACAUCAAUCCCAUCGACAGCGUCUUUCAGUCAUCGUUCGAAGCUCUGCUAGCAGCGUCGCCACUCAGCAAGGAUCCGACCGGCAGAGAUAUCAACUUAGACACCCAUCAUACAGGCCGUGCCGCCUCCCCUCGCUCCUCCGAUGCGUUCGGCGAUUUAUCCCUUUUCUUGCACGAUUAUAGUACCCCGAUUCCACCACACCCGGCGCAUGUGCUCGACCUCGAGCAGCUGCCCUCGCUCAGUGUAGACACCUCGAACACAAGCAGCGAGUGUGGGGACUGCGGAGCGAAAUGUUACACGACGCUUCUUCAACAGCUGUUAUUCUUGCGCCAGUCGCUUCCUGAGACCACCCGUCCCUCAAUCGACGUGAUCCUGCAGGUGGAGCGCCAUGUGCACAGUCUUCUCGACCGGGUUUUGGGCUGCAGCCUGUGUCUCAGUAAUCGCUCCUCUGUUCUCCUCAUGUCGGUGAUUACGGAGCGUGUGAUCCAGAUGCUUGACUGGAUUAUCGAGGAGAAAACCCUGCUAGACACCGAAAGCGCGCGCUCCAGCCGGCGAACAUACAGUACCUGGGCACGACUUCCCCCCACUGGCAGUCGCGCCGGCAAUCGGACACAUGUCUGCCGCAUUCCACUCGUUGUAGGUGAUACUGAACUGGACGAGGAUACCAAACAGUACUUCCUCAAGCAGCUCAUCCUCAUGCGGAUGAAAAGGCUUGCCGUCAAAGUACAGGAUGUGCGACGUAGCACUAAUACGCGACCUGGGGACUGCAUCUACCGUGCUGCCGAAUUGGUGCUUGCAGAGUCUCUUCAGCGAUUAGACUACCUUCGUGGCCAGGUUCAACUGUGGGAGUGA